CAGCGGGACAGGGACACGGGGACACCGGGACAGGGCUGUUGUGGUGGGGGAGCUGGGCACAGAGCUGGCUGUGGGCACAGAGCAGCGGGUUUUGGGAUGAGGUAAUGGAUUUGAGGUGGAACAGGCCAAGGAGACAGGAAUGGCCAAACAAUCAUGCCAGGCAUUUGGGGCUGGAAUCCUCCCUUCUGCAGGAAAUGUGGUGGGAUCCCCCAGGAAGAACUCCUUUAUCCCAGAAUCAUUGAAACCAGAAAUUGCUUUUUCUGAAAGGAUUCCUUAGGGAAAGGUGCCAGUCAGGAGAGGGAAAACCCUCCGUGUGUGCUCCCUGCUCCUGGGGGUUUGGGCAGAGCCAAAGAACCUUCUACUUCCCUUUUCCUGAAUUAUUGGGAGCAAUUCCGAGCCAGCCCAGUGCAGGCAGAGCUGGGAGCAGCCAGCUCGGAGCCACAGGGUGAUAAUCUGCCUUGGGAUGAUGGAUGAGAUCUGGCUGCCUCCCAGAUUUUGCCCGUCACCUCCUGCCCACCCCGUGUUGGGAGGGCAGUGCCGCGAUCCCGAGGGAUCCAUCGGAGCCCCCGAGCCCUCCGGGAGCUUUCCCCCGCCGCCCGGGGGCGGGACCGGGGGCGGCCCCGGGCAGGUGCCCCGGGAGCGGCGGCGGGAGCGGCGGAGCGGAGAUGCCCUACCUGCUCAUCAGCACCCAAAUCCGCCUGGAGGCUGGGCCCACCAUGGUGGGCGACGAGCACUCGGAUCCCCACCUGAUGAGCAUCCUGGGGGCCACAAAGAGGAGCACGCUGGGGAACAACUUCUGUGAGUACUACGUGAACGACGCCCCGCGCCUGGUCCUGGACAAGCUGGAGAGCCUGGGCUACCGCGUGGUCAGCAUGACCGGCGUGGGCCAGACCCUGGUCUGGUGCCUCCACAGGGAAUAGCCAGGGAGAAUCCUGCGCUCCACCCGGACAACAUCCUGCUGGAGAUCAUCUUAUAGGACUGGCAGCAAACUUUCCCCCCUUAAUUCUUUCCUGUCCCAGACUCCAGGCACUCAGGCAGGGGGAGGAAUGGCGCAGAGGCAGAGCUGGACCCAGUGGAAUUUUGCCAUCCCUGUUCCGUUUCCCAAGAGCAGGGGGAGGAAGGUAUGCCCAGAAUUUGGCAGAGGGAACAGAUGGCUCCAGCUCUGCCUUGGGCGGGAUGGCAGUCUGGCAAAUUCCAGCUUUUUCACAUUUUAAUCAUGUAUUCAGCAUGCCCUAGAGGAAGCUCAGUAUCAGCCCCGUUUGCCUCCUCCUCAGGCUGCCCCAAAGAGCUCCAUGCCUUCUCCUGGGCCAGGGGGUUAGGGAGGGACAGCAAGCAUGGACACCAUCCCAUCUCAUCCCUGAAAUCCCAGAGGGAACCACUAAGCCUACUCUCAGUGCUCUGAGAAUCCCUUCCCUUGGCAGCAAGGCCUGCUUCCAUCUCAGCAGCACCACCAAACUUCCAGAUCCCAGACUGACAUCUAAGCCUAACAUGGGACUCCCAAAAUAACACAGAAAGUGUUGUUGUGUGACUAUUGCAAGUGCAGGCUCUGAUCCCAACACUGCUGAAAUGUUUGGGACUGUGCAUGGAUUCUGCUGUGGGGGUAACACCAAUAAAACAUUGCUCCAAAGAGA